UAUUAACAUGAAAAUGUAUGUAUUAAUAUGACGUAUAAUGUACAAAUAAUAUAAAAUGACGAUAGAACAUAUUUUAAAAUAUUUUUGAAAUAAUGAAAUGAUGGAAGCACAAACAGAUAUUUCUGUUUUGCGACCACCAGUUAAUUUAAGAAAUAUAAAUACUGGCAAUGUUUUUUACACACCUUUAACUUCAUUUGCUGAAAUGUGGUAUCAAAUAUUUUUAUGGGCCCUAUUUUCUUCUAUUUUUGUUCAUACUAUAGCUGGUGCAAUUUGUUUUGCUACAUUAAGACAACAUAAAUAUGGAAAAUUUUUCCCAUUAUUGAUUAUAAUAAUGGGUGUAAUAUUACCACUAACAUCAGGAGUUCUUAGCUCUGCUGCUGUUGCUUUUGUAUACAGAGCAUCUCGAUAUCCACUGCCACCAUUAUAUGCAUUAUUUUGGGGUAUUGGUCAAACUGUUGUAGCAGGAUGUGUUGGGUUUACAAGAAUAUUAGCAACUUUAUAAUAUAAAUUAAAAUUUGUAUAUGAAUGAUGCACAAAAUAUUGUUAUUUAGAAAUGUUAUAUGUAAUAUAUUAUGAGAAUUUUCAAAAUUUGAAGAACAAA